AUGGCAAACCCCGCCGGCUUAGACUUUGCUGCAGUGGAAGGCUUCCUGGACAGACACCCGGAGCUGGUGGAGAAGUGGCUCAAGAGGAGAACCGCCCUCCUUAGCGAAGGAGCGCCUGACUGUAGCGACGGCGGGGCGGAAAGGCAGCUAAGCAGACAGCACAACGGCCUCUCGCCUCGGAGCGGCCCCUCGUCCGCAGCCCCCCCCGGCCCGGAGCCGACGGCCGGCGGGCUGCCGCACCGAGCGUCCCAGAAAGAGCUGCGGAAAAGUUUCGCGCGCUCCAAGGCGAUCCACGUGAACCUGACUUACGACGAGCACCUCCACGCCAGGACUCAGGAGCCGCUGAGCAGCGCCAGGAGAAGGGCGCUGCUGAGGAAGGCCAGCUCCCUGCCGCCCACCACGGCGCACCUGCUCAGCGCGCUGCUCGAGUCCCGGGUCAACCUGCCCCAGUGUCCGCCCACCGCCCUGGACUACAAGCGCUACCUGAAGCAGCACAACGAGCGGCAGUUCUUUCUGGAGCUCGUCAAGGACAUUUCCAACGACUUGGACCUCGGCGCGCUCAGCUACAAGAUCCUCAUCUUCGUCUGCCUUAUGGUGGACGCCGAGAGGGGCUCCCUUUUCCUGGUGGAAGGCGGCGGCGGCGGCGGGGGGAAGAAGACCUUGGUCUCCAGGGUCUUCGACGUGCACGGGGGCGCCCCGGUGCUGCCUUGCUACAGCACGGAGAACUCCAACGAGAUGCAGCAGCUCUGGGGCAAAGGCGUCGUCGGUGAUGUGGCCGAGCGCGGCGAGACCGUCAACGUGCCCGACGCUUACCAGGACCACCGCUUUAAUGACAAGAUUGACAAACUGACAGGAUACAAGACCAAGUCAUUGCUCUGCAUGCCUAUAAGAAACAGCGAGGGCGAAAUCAUUGGAGUUGCACAAGUGAUAAAUAAAACUCCUGGAGGUAUUCCUUUUACUGAUGAUGAUGAAAAAAUUUCCUAUCUUUUAGAAGACUGA